UCCAACCCCCGGCUCACUCUCUGUUUGCGUUUGAGAAUAAAAAUACAGCUGCUCUGCUGUUCAGUGUCCAGGUCAUCAAUCCAGACUUGUUUGUCAGGGUGGAGCUACAGGCUUUGCAGUUUCAACAUCCCUCUCCUUAAACUCUGAGCUUAUUUUCAAGGAUAUGGGUGAACAAAAUAAAAUACUCUCUCGGCCCAUUUUCCGCCGAGACGUCAGCUGGGAUCCUUUCCCGAACUGGACACAGCCGAGCCGCAUCUAUGCGCAGGACUUUGGCCUCCCUCCUUUCUUGGAGCCCGGUGAUCUGGAAUGGUUGGACUGGGCAAAGAAGAGACUGGCUUCUUUCUCCUGGCCUGGGUACACACAAACUCCACUGCUGCCUCUGCUCAGUGGUCAGCCCCCUGCAGCAGGGAGCGGAAAGGGCCUGAGACAGCUGACAAGUGGAGUGUCAGAGGUCCGCACGGGGCAGGACAGCUGGAAGAUUAACCUGGAUGUCAAUCACUUCUCGCCCGAGGACAUUACAAUCACAACCAAGGAGGGCUACCUGCAAAUAUCAGGAAAUCAUGAAGAAAGGCAAGAUCGGCAUGGAUCAGUUUCAAGAUGCUUCAACCGGAAAUAUAAGUUGCCGCAGGGGGUGGACUUGCAGCACAUCAGCUCGUCAUUGUCCGGUGAUGGAGUCCUGUCCGUCGAGGCCCCUGUUCCUGGGACAUCCGUCAGCGAGCCGGCCAAUGAGCUCGUCAUACCUGUUCAGAUCAGUCAGAGGCAGGACGAGAAGUGAAAAGUGAAACCGGCAGGGAGCAGAACUUGAGACAAGACUCAGAUGAAAUUGUGUCUAGCGACCUAAGUAGCACUGACACGAAAAGAAAUAGAGACAAAGUUUGUUACAGCUUGAUAAGUGUGAUUUACUGUAACAACAAGCUUGUUUUCCUGUCAAGAGACACUAUCUGCAUCAUCACCACUACAGUUUUAAAAUUAAAUGCAAACUCAUCAAAGUGAGUAAUUUUUGCAUGUCAUGGCAUUUUAACUUUACUAGUUUUUCAUGAACUUCCAAUAUCAUCAUGUCUUCUUUAUAAACGGGGCAGUGUAGUCGAACAGAGGAAUCAAUUGUACUAUUUUGCUUUUUAACACAGACAAACGCUGGAAAAGCUGCAGAAUAGAUUCACUUUGUGUGUUUGUACUGAGAGUUGUACGUUGAUGUCUUCAAUAACCAGCCGUGUGAAGCUCGUAUCAUUUAAUCUUCAAGUGUAUGAAACAGCUCCUGCCAUAUGAAUAAAGAAUAAUGUAAUUCUC